GUCAGUCUCUGUUCUCCUCUCUCACACACACACUGUGUCUCACUCUGUUGACAACAAGAUAGUGGGCGGGAAUCCUGAAUCACCUGGAAAACUUUAGAUUGACAAAACCGUUUCUAGGCUUGUUGCUUCCAUUAAUGACCUUCAAGUGGAUAACUAUGCUACAGAUACAUGUCAGGACCAAUCAGAACAAGCGCCCACAGGCACACACAUGGCCUUGUGAGCUGUGACUGUGAACCGUACUAUCAAGGAAAUUCCUCAGUCCUCCAGGGUCACCGUGGGUUUUUCUAUCUGCUGGUUUGUACAGCUGCACAAGCUUCUGUUUCCACAACACGCAUACAGAACACACACCAGAGCACACUCUGUAUGGACGUGCUGUCUUAGUUACUCGAGAGGUCACUGGAAGCUGGAAGUUAUUGUUUACCCCAGCACAUGCCUAUGACCAUGAUGGCACGCUUCAAUUAAAAACGUUUGGGUCUGUCGUGUAGCAUGACCUGAAGUGGAUCUCUCUCAUCAUCAGACUGCAGCAAAACAAAGGAUAAAGCGGGACGCUCCAGGGAUGGCUACUGAAGAAAAUCAGACACAGGUCGGGGCUGCAGUUCUGGCUCAGCGUGCUUCACCUCCGUCUGCUGGGAGUCGACCCAGCAGGGAAUCCAGACAUGCAAGUAACAGCCAAGAACUACAGCGACACGGUGACCAAUUGUGGCAGUCAAAACAGCGGAGCAGCCCUUCCCUCCUCUUAUAUAGGAAGUUGUCAUGUGACAGUGGGAAAGGGACAAUUUUGGACGAGGGACCUGAGUGUUUGGAUUACAGCUCAAAAGUUUUGAGGACUGAAGAGAAACUUUAUCCAGAGCCUCCGGCUGGCAAGAGAAUUGAAGGACUAACUAACACGGUUACUCCAAUACCUGGGAAAGGUUCAGAGGGAUCUCCAUGCCAGCUGGACACCUCAGGAGAGGGUGUGGAUGCAGGCAGAAACAGAACUGGCAGCACCCAUGGCUCCUGCACUAUGUCUAGCCUUUACAUGAGUCCAAACAUCUACUGUUGCCACAGCCCCAGAUCCAGUCCAAGCCCCAGCUCCAGCCCUGUACGGCGACACAUCCGCCGCAGCAGCCUGCCUGUGUCUACGCUGGCUUUCCACAAGACAUCCCCCUACCUCUCACCUUGGUGCAGUCCAUCCAGUGAACCGAACUCUUUGGUGUCCUCUCCCUGUAGUUCCCCCUCUGCCAACCACCGGCAGCAUCACCAAAAUGGACACAUCCACCGGCACCGCCUGAAAGAUGGCUACUCGAGUUUAGAGAGGCUCAACCGAAGGCCCAGGGUUAACAAAUGCUCCCUGGAGAAACUAUUCCUACGACGGGCAUCUCUAGAAACCAUGACAACAACCCUGAGGAACGAGGAGAGGUCAUCCUCUCGAGUGGCCAGGAACUAUAGUGGCCACUCGAGUGGCAGUGAUGAGGGCGAUGGAGAAGGUCUCUUGGAUAGCACAGAGUUUAUUAGGAACCGUAAAGAGCGUUCCACUGUCCUGGUGAGGCGUUUCUUCAAGAAUAAUCAAAAGGUGACCAAGUCAGUGUGUACUGGAACCAGAGCAAUUGUCAAGACACUGCCGUCUGGACGCAUCUCAGAGGAGGUCUGGGAGGUGGUUGUUUAUCGCAGGACACGUCGACCCAGCAAGAAGGAUGUAUGGCCAAUCUUAAUGCGCGGUGGGGGAAAAGAAUUAAGAGUCUACAGGGAGAUACUACGUCUUGUUGGAGUUAAGCUACAGCAGGUUAAAAACUAUGUGGAGGACAGAGAGGAACUCAACCUGAUUCAUUCCGCCAAAAAACUCCUGCUGUCUUUCCCUGGAUGUGUGUGUCUCAGGGAGUCUCGCUGGCUAUUGGACACUGCCAGUCCAGCCAGACCAGACAAGAUUCCCUGCCUUAAUCCCUCGUGUUGUCGUCCUUUUCAUCUACCCAGGUUUUACCGUGUUUGUGACCAAAGGACGUCAGUGUGUUCCCUGCUUACUGGAGCACUGCUAGAGGCCACAGCCGCUCUUGGUGCCCGCUCCGCUCUACUUUACCCUUUGCCCCAGGGCCCCAACAGCCACGCUGUGCUGAAAGAGCGUCAGCUGGCCAACAGUAUGACCAGCAGCAGUUCUAUUCCUCCCAGUGUCAGUGGGAUCAGUAAGGAGCUGGCAGAGGUGCGCCACCUUGUUCAGUUCCCAGAGGAGAUCGCCUGUAUCCUCACCGAGCAAGAGCAGCAGCUUUACCAACGGGUCUUUCCCUUGGACUACCUCUGUUUCCUCACUCGAGACCUGGGCAGUCCAGAGUGUCAAACCAAACGACACCCAAACCUCAAGGCCUCACUGUCUGUGCCUUCCAUGCCUACCCAGAGUGCUCAGCGAAGUAAUGCUGUGGAGGACUUGGUAGCGCGCUUCAAUGAGGUGAGUUCAUGGGUGACGUGGCUGAUCCUGACAGCAGGGUCCAUGGAGGAGAAGAGAGAAGUUUUCUCCUACCUGGUCCAUGUGGCUAAAUGCUGUUGGAACAUGGGAAACUACAACGGUGUCAUGGAGUUCCUGGCUGGACUCAGGUCCCGCAAAGUGCUGAAGAUGUGGCAGUUCAUGGACCAGUCAGACAUUGAGACCAUGAGGAGCCUUAAGGACGCCAUGGCUCAGCACGAGUCUUCUUCUGAGUACAAGAAAGUUGUGACCAGAGCUCUCAAUAUCCCAGGAUGCAAGGUGGUGCCCUUCUGCGGGGUUUUUCUGAAGGAGCUGAGUGAGGCGUUGGAUGGGACAGCAAGCAUCAUCAGCCUCAAACCUCCUCCAGAUAAUACAGAGGACUCAAUAGAAUUUGUGUCUGACUACAGCGGCCAGCACAACUUCAUGUCACGGUCUGGUCCAGAUGGGCUACACGUCCCAGAAAAAGAAGCUACUGUCAGUAAUAUCCUCCAAAUUAUCAGAUCAUGUAAUCGUAGUUUGGAGGCAGAGGAUCCCGAUGACGCGUCCACUAGUCCCUCUUCUACUGGCCCGUCCCCUUCGUCCAGAAACAACUCCUUCAGGGACCGCUGUCGCAAUCAUUCACAUUCAUUUAGGAUGCCACCAGAAUCAAACCGUGUCUUAUUCAUGGUAGGAGACUUGUCAGAUUCAGAGGGCGACUUGUCGUCUGAGCCGGUGAAGGAGGUGGAGUUUCAAGGCACUGAGGAGACGCACAGAGCUUUCAGCCAUGGCACUGAGCUCAUCCCCUGGUAUGUGUUGUCGCUACAACCAGACGUUCACCAAUUUCUGCUGCAGGGGGCUACAGUGAUCCACUAUGACCAGGACAGCCACCUCACAGCCCGCUGUCUGCUGCGACUACAACCUGACAACACAACACUCACCUGGGGUAAGCCUCAGAGCGGAGGGGCUUCCCCCACAGAUCCACCACUGGGAUUAGGACAGACUGUAGUGGCUGGACUAGCAGAGGGCCUUUUGGACCUGGGUGUGGUGAAGGCAGUGUUCCAAGGUCAUCAGGGAGUCGAUGUUCAUGCUGUAUGUUUGCAAAACAAGCUGAGCCAGAUGACGGUGGAGGAGAACGGUCUCAGCCUCCUCUACGGUCUCAGUACCACCGACAACAGACUCCUGCACUUUGUGGCCCCCAACCACACGGCACAGAUGCUCUAUAAGGGCCUGUCAGAGUUGGUGAAUGCAACCAGAAAAUUAAAGAAGUUUCCUGACCAAAGGUUGCAGUGGCUGAGGAGGCAGUAUGUCAGUUUGUAUCAGGAGGAUGGCAGGUAUGAAGGUCCUACACUAGCCCACGCCAUUGAGCUGUUUGGUGGGCGGAGGUGGAACAUGGGUACAAGUGGAGUGGAAAAACCUGGCGGCCAGAAAAACAGCCCUCUGAGCAUCAACGAUAAGACCAAGAAGAAGAAGAAGGUCCUUGUCAGGGGAGACAGUGGGGAUGCCACAGAUGAUGAGAUGGUUUCCAGGAAAACACGGAGCUGCAAGGAGGGACUGUAUCGAAAUGGACCAGAGUCUGACAGCAUCGACCAAGAAGAUCCAGAGGACAGCUUCCCUGGACCAUUUUCUCUCUCAUCCAAUAAAAGCCCUGGAUUGCUUGCCUCUUCUUCCUCCUCCUCCUCCUCCUCCAGCAUGGCAGGGUCCAACCAGUCCCGCACGCAAUCCUCUCCGAUCCUCUCAGGAACUGCUAAGUCACCGCCUGGGGCAUGGAGCAGCAGGUCAUGGCACGGUCGAGGUAAAGGCUGUUUCAAAGGCUUCCAGAACCUCAUGAUUUCUGACAGCACGAUGAGCUUCAUUGAGUUUGUUGAGCUCUUCAAGUCCUUCAGUAUCCGAAGCAGGAAGGACCUUAAAGAGCUGUUUGACACCUUUGCCGUCCCCUGCAGCCGUUCAAGUCCAGAGUCUGCUCCUCUCUACACCAACCUCAGGAUAGACGACAAAGACUCAGGGCUACAGCCGGACCUCGACUUGUUAACCCGCAACGGCUCUGAUCUUGGCCUGUUUAUCCGAACGAGGCAGCAGAUGUCUGACAACCAGAAGCAGAUCUCAGACGCCAUUGCAGCAGCCAGCAUUGUGACCAAUGGGACAGGAGUGGAAAACGCAUCACUAGGCGUCUUGGGUCUGGCUAUUCCUCAGCUCAACGACUUCCUUAUUACCUGCCAGAGAGAGCACCUCAGCUACGAUGAGAUUCUCAGCAUUAUACAGAAAUUUGAGCCCUCAUCAAGCAUGAGACAAAUGGGUUGGAUGUCAUUUGAAGGCUUUGCAAGGUUCCUGAUGGAUAAGGAGAACUUUGCUUCCCGUAUUGAGGAAUCCCAGAUUAACCCGGAGGAGCUGCAGUAUCCUCUGUCCUACUACUACAUUGAGUCUUCUCACAACACCUAUCUGACUGGACACCAGCUCAAAGGAGAGUCCUCUGUUGAGCUUUACAGUCAGGUGCUACUGCAAGGCUGCAGGAGCGUCGAAUUGGACUGUUGGGAUGGCGACGACGGCAUGCCAGUUAUUUACCACGGACACACUCUCACCACUAAGAUUCCCUUUAAGGAUGUGGUGGAAGCAGUUAACCGGUCUGCAUUCGUCAAUUCUGACAUGCCCGUCAUCCUGUCCAUAGAGAACCACUGCUCCCUCCCACAGCAACGCAAGAUGGCUGAAAUCUUCAAGACAGUGUUUGGGGAACGUCUCGUUACACGCUUCCUAUUUGAAAGUGACUUCAGCGAUGACCCGCACCUGCCGUCACCGCUGCAACUACGGGGGAGGAUCCUCCUCAAGAACAAGAAGCUCAAAGCCCACCAGGCACCAGUGGACAUACUCAAACAGAAGGCUCACCAGCUGGCCCACAUGCAGGCCCAGGCUAGCAAUGGGGCACCAGGGGUUACUUCGCCUGGCAACCACACCAAUGAGGAAGAGGAAGAGGAAGAAGACGAGUACGACUAUGACUAUGAAUCUUUAUCAGAUGCUGAUGUCCUCACAGCCUCUACUGCCUCAUAUGGCCUGGAAGAUAACAUCCUGGAUGAUAAGCCAGAGGGGAAGAGCUCAGCAGACAAAGAAGAGCAACCUGUUGAUGAAAUACCGAAGAGGAUGAAGAAGUCUGAUAGCACUACACAGAGCAAAGGAAAGGUGUUUGACAUGGAGCUGGGCGAGGAGUUUUACCUUCCUCAGAACAAGAAGGAGAGUCGACAGAUUGCCCAGGAGCUGUCCGACCUCAUCAUCUACUGCCAGGCUGUGAAAUUCCCUGGCCUGUCCACACUGUCUCCAGCUGGGUCUGGCAGAGGAAAGGACCGGGGAAAGAGCAGAAAGUCCAUAUUUGGCACAGCUCCUGCACGCUGCACAACAGGGGAGGUCACGACCCAGAGCCGCACCCCUGGGAAAGGUGGAGCUGAGCGGCUGAGCUGGGAGGAGCAGCAGACGUCUCCCAUCCUCAACCCCCCGACCUCUCUCAGUGCCAUCAUCCGUACGCCCAAAUGCUACCACAUCUCCUCCGUCAACGAGAACGCCGCCAAGCGCCUGUGCCGGCGUUACUCUCAGAAGCUGAUCGAGCACACGGCGUGCCAGCUGCUCAGGACUUACCCAGCAGCCACCAGGAUCGACUCAACAAACCCAAACCCUCUGCUGUUCUGGCUGCACGGCAUUCAGCUGGUGGCACUCAACUAUCAGACUGAUGACCUGCCAAUGCAGUUGAACACAGCUUUGUUUGAGGCCAACGGUGGCUGUGGCUACGUCCUGAAGCCGGCGGUGCUGUGGGACCGCAGCUGUCCGCUCUAUCAGCAGUUCUGUCCGAUGGAGAGGGACGUGGAGAAAAUGAGCCCCGCCGUCUAUUCCCUCACUAUUGUCUCUGGUCAGAACGUCUGUCCUGGAAACAGCGCCGGCAGCCCCUGCCUCGAGGUGGACAUUCUGGGCAUGCCCAUUGACAGCUGCCACUUCCGCACCAAACCCAUCCACCGCAACACCCUCAACCCCAUGUGGCAUGAGCACUUUCAGUUCACCGUGCACUUUGAAGAGAUGUGCUUCUUGCGCUUCGCUGUCGUGGAGAACAACAGUUCUCAGACUACUGCUCAGAGAACUCUGCCUCUUAAGGCCCUCAAGCCAGGUUACAGACAUGUGCAGUUGAGGACACAACACAAUGAACCUCUCGAAGUGUCGAGCUUGUUUAUCUACAGCCACAGAACAGAGGAAGGUCCCACAGGGGGCGCUACUCCCUCAUCACUGCUGUUCAGUUCAGAGGAGAAACAUUUGUCGCAGCAGCACAGGGUGACGGUGUAUGGAGCUCCUGGUCCUGAACCCUUCACUGUGUUCUGUAUCACCGAACAGACGACCGCCAAACAGCUGCUAGACACAGUCGUCGCAUCUUCGGGAAACCCAUCGGAGUACUUCCUGUGCGAGGAGAAGGUUCCUCUGCUGAAGGAGCGCAGUGAGGUGAAGCGCUGUCCUCAGCAUCGUGCUCUUGCACACGAGGAGGAGAUGGUCAGACUGGUCUCUAGCUGGAACACUGAGGAGGGAUAUGUGGGAAGGAUCUGCCUCAAAAGCAGAGAGGAGAACUUAAAUGAGAAGAACACAGCACUGGAGGGAGAGGAGGAGGUGACUGUGGGAGGAAGAGAAGGAGCAGGAGGAGGAGGAGGAGCAGCAGAGGAAGAUAUGUUCUUUGUCCAGGUCCAUGAAGUUUCACCAGAGCAGCCUCAUACUGUGAUCAAGGCCCCACGCUACAGCACUGCUCAGGACAUCAUACAGCAGACUCUGUCAAAGGCCAAGUAUUCCUACAGUAUCCUAUCAAACCCCAACCCAUGUGACUAUGUCCUGAUGGAGGAAGUGACAAAGGACGCUGGCUCUAAGAAGUCCUCCACCGCCAAGCCCCUGCAGCGAGUGCUGCUGGAUCACGAGUGUGUCUAUCAAGCUCAGAGCCGCUGGCGGGGCGCGGGAAAGUUCAUUCUUAAACUCAAAGAGCAGGUGGUGCGGGAAGACAAAAAAAAGGUAAUUUCCUUCGCCAGCGAGCUGAAGAAGCUGACCAGUCGCAGCCGCAGCAUGACGACUGGUGGCGGAGUCGACGGUCCUGCCCAGAGUUAUCUGUCUGCAGCUGCUGGUCUGAAGGCAUGGGUGGCAGAGGGCAGGGUGUGGCCAGGAAGGUUCCUACAGGCCUCCUCCUCCUCCUCUUCCUCCUUCUCCUCCUCCUCCUUUAGGGGGCAGCUCCAACCUGUCCACCUACCCACCUCCUCUCUGACCCCCCUAAGCUGGAAGCUUCACCUCCUCAGGAACUGGAAGAUCCACAAAUGAGUCUGCAGAGAGAGAAGAUUUGGGUUGACUACUUCUAAACUUGGAGGAUUUUUGUGUUUCGGCAAGAGUCCCACACAGUGUGGAAUUCUGGGAUAUGCGCCUCUCUUAAGUCCUAAAGGAGUCUGAUCCUGUCUUAUGCUAGUUGAGCAAGUGGAGGACAGGAUUGAGUCCAAGCCCCAUUAAUGGGUUCAGGUAACAGACGUUCAGCCCCUUUUUAAUUGGUUGAAUGAUAGACAGGAGUUUCAGCCGGCGCCACGUUAGAGCAGUGAUGGUCAUGUGGGCAGGUUGCACUGGCUUGUCUUGGUUUAUUGGUUGUAGUGUGGCUCCACAGGGAGUCCAGAGUACCAGGGGCAGCUGCUGUUGUUGAAGUCAUCAGCUAUGUGAUCAGGGACACUUAUUCUUUUGCCAAUAUACAGGAGCAAUUUGUCAAAAAAUGACACAUUAAAAGGAUGAAGAGGUUUGUUUUUAGAUGUGCCAGAAGUAGGAAAAUGAGUUUAGUGAUCCACAAAAGAGUUGACUUAUGGACAAAUCAAAUAUGGCUCUGCAAGAGAUGUCCUGUGUCCUAGCACAGGCUACAGUUAGCUAUAUCAUUUAUUUGGAUCAAAGUUUAUAAACUACUCCCCUUUUUUCUGAUACCACACACAUAAAGCACACAGCAGACGGAGAGAGAGAUCUGCUUGGAAAAAAUGGAAGGAGAGAAGUAGGAGAGUACGAAAACAGUAUUCUUCUCUCUUUCUCAGGUAUGGGGCUCUUUUGGCUGAGGGCAUUGUGGAGGAGGCUGACAAGCUGGCUUGUUGGUUCUUUUCUAACUGUUCCAGUUUCACAGUACUGUAAGGGCACAUUUUGGGCACAGAAAGAGGCAACAAAGUAAAACAACCUAUUAGGAUAUUCUGUAAUGGAAGCAGCAAUGCUUUAGGAGGUUUCUUGGACACUACUGUCUCUGCCCUAAAGGUGAAUAGACAUGAACAGCAUUUUAAGGCAGUGUUGGUGUGCAGUAUUGUUGAUAUAGUUGCUCUUCUACAUUGCCUUAAAAUGUUGCAACACUGCCUUUAACUUUUGGUUAUUUUGUAGCUGUGUCUUUGAGGAGGAUCUGAGGCUCGUUUUCACAAAGUGUUUUAGUUCUCUUAUCAUUGUAUGUCAGCAGGCAUUUUAUCUUGCCAACCAAAUCCAAAAUCAAAUUUUAGAGGUAUUUUCAUUCAGGAAUACUGCCUUGUUAAAGAAAAUAAAUGAAAGUUUAAAAGGUUGUCUAAACACAAGUGGCCAUACAAAACCUUUUAUGUACAGAUGUUCAAUAUUGAGCCCAAAUGCUAACAAGCCAUUGUGGCUAAAUUGAAAAAUGUAAACACUUUCACCUCCUUUACGAAGAAAAACUAAAAAUAUUGCCUUCAGUUUCCCCCUUUGUUGAAUGGAACAACGAUGAUUCCAGCACUAAGAUCCUUUAUAAAAACAGCCUUGUCUUCUUCAAACAGCAUUUUGCACAUUUGUUUUCCUUUUGCUGUCAUCUUCUGUGUGUUUGUGUAAUUUGUCUGAAAAAUGGCAGACUUGAUUGUUAUGAGAUGGUCGAAAUGUUUUUUUGUUUUUGUUUUUAAAUUAUGAUCAUCAUAUUUAUUACUUUUAAUUUCUGCCCAGUUGUUAGUUUUGAGGAAAGCACAAGAUCUAUCUUUGGAUUGUUUUGGAAAUGGGCAUGUAGUCCGAGCCCAAACUUGAAAAUCCCCCAAAAAUAUUGUCAACAGAAAGAAUUGCAUUUCACUUUAGUUUAUUGGCCUACAUGUGCUGUCCUGACAUUGAAUGCAGUAUCUUUAUAGGUUACUAGUAUUGAUUGAUUGUCUAUAAUGAUUGUAGACUUUUCUUUAUUUCAAUUUCUUUCAGAACUUACUAAGACUUGAUGUAUUUAGGGCCACUUUCCCAGCCUUAUUUCUAUUUCGAUGUGUAACAUUUCCAUAUUUUUAAAAUUAUGAUAAAGUUUAGAUUCUCUUCUCUCUUUGCUUGGCAUUUCAGUUUUUAAUAUGUAGAUAUCCCCUCUAGUUGCGGAGCCACAAGGAGUCCAUUAAAGGUUUUAAAUCUAUAGGAAAAAGUCAAAUUUGAUUUGUGUCAAUUCUGGCGGCCCCUGUGGACAACAGUAGUAGUGUUACUGCUGCCUCGUUUCAUUGAUUUCAAGGGGAAUCCGACUGAACCGGAUCCCAAUCUAUAUAAAAUAUUAGGAAUAACGACAUAGAAAUAGUCGAUCCUUCUCUCUGAUGGUCUUGUUUGUGUAUGUACGUCAUAGGGGCAUCAGUAUAUUCUAUUAUAGUUUAAUAACCAGUUAAAAACUCCUUGUUGUAUGAUUAAAAGGCUAUUUUUUUAUUUCAUAGGCAGUCUGGCCAAUAGUAGCCACACUCCUCAAAAGGAAUUGGACUGAUUGACCUUUUAAUUUAUCUUUAAAUAAAACUUUGCUCAGUGCCAAGUAAUGACUUUUGAAUUUUAGUGCAAUAGUGAAGUUCUGUCACUUCAAUCCCUUUAGGUUUUGACUCCUGACCUUGACGUGUCUAAAUCUGUCAAAACUAUCAUUCACUCACAGAGGUGAUCUUUUGUCAGUGGUCAGGCAGCAGGGCGAUGCUUAAUGGUAAUGAAGGUAGAUUAGAUUGUGAUCCAAGAUACCACAACUCAGUUAUAGUUAGGCUGAUAGGUUCACUGUAAUCCUUUUAUCCAUUCCGGCUUUUUGUUGUUAUAAUUGAAACACGAUUAUGCAAAAAGAUCAGAUUUCAUAAACUGGUGAUUACUUACAACUACCAUGCUGGAUAAAACAGAUAUCAGCUGAUAUGACUGUGAAUUCCACACUGACUUUACACAGAAAGGGACAUUUUCUGUUCAGUUCUAAAUCUGUAAUCAGUGAAUGUAAUGAGUGCUUCAUCGUAUCUUCACAUCCUUCAGGCAGAGCUGUCUUUCUUGUUUUCCUUCUUCUAACCUGUAGACCUCAUUUCUGAAUGUAACAUUUCUUAACGUGUUGAACCUGAGACAAAUGUGUGUUUGGAUGUUAUUUAUUUUAAUGUGAAGCCCUGGUUGGCAAUUAUCUGUUGUUGUUGUUGUUGUUGUUUAUGUAUAAUUUCCUGUAAGUAGUUUAAUGUGUUUUUUUUUUAUUUAUUUCAAUAUGUGAGAGGAUAAACUCUCCACUGCCCUAAUUUUACUCAAACUUAUUUACCGUAGAUAUGUAAAGAAAUAUUUUACUUUAUGUGUAAAAUAUUCAGUAUAGUAUUCAUAUUCCUGGCAUGUUAUUCUGCAGUACACAGCAGCACAUUUCAAUGCCUUUUAUUUGUUUUCAUAAAUGUGGACAAAAGCUGACAAUUUGAAACUUUUUUUGGUGUAUUCAUUAUACCCACUGAAUAUGACAUAUGUAUUUGCUGACUGUGGCCUGUUUCAUCUUUAGCACUCUGUUAUUUCCAUAAGAUGUGCAUGAUACCCUUUAACAUCCACUAUCUGUGUUAUGAUGUGGCUGUCAAGUGAACAUUUGUCUAUUUACUUGAAUUUUUAAAUGGAUAAAUUGGUGGAUUCGUCAUAUACCAGGAUCACAAUAAAAAUAUAAGUACCUA